AUGGCAAGAGUCUCCCUCUGCCGUAACAACCUCCUCAGCCACCGCCGUUUUAGCAGUGCGCCACCGCCUACGGCUGCCGGAAUUCCUUGUCGCCUCCUUGCUAACUGCAAACUUGCUCGUUCUGGAAACAUCCCUGAUUUUGACGGCCUCCCUCCUCACUGUCUACUCCGAGCUUAUAAGUAUGGAGCCUCGCAGUUCCAACCUGUUGGAGGACUAAGGAAGAAUAGUUCGUUUUAUAGUGACACAGAUGAUGAUGACUCAAGCUCCGAUAAUUACUCGGAUUCUGAUCAGGACCUGCCCAACACAUGGCGUUUCAAGCAAGACGAUGAUGCAGUCUACUUAAGGAUGGAUGUGCCAGGAGUGGGCAAAGAAGAUGUGAAGGUCUAUGUGGUUGGCAGCUCUCAUAUGCUGAAGGUGAAGGGAAUCAGAAAGUUGGACCCUGAGUUCGGGGAUAAUGCUGAGACCGGUCCUAAACCCUUUCUUUAUGAGGUCGGUUUAAUGUCACUCAGUGAAUACAAGGUUGAUAAGAUUAAGGCUGAGGUAAAGGAUGGUGUGCUCAAGGUUACAGUGCCGAAGGUCAAGGAUGAGGAGAGGACGGACAUGUUGCACGUUCAGGUCGAUUGA